AUGGGGCCCCCGCCGGGCAGCAGCGGCGCCCGCCGCGGCCGCCAGCACUUGAUCCUCUUCCUGCUCUUCGUGGGACCUUUCAACUGCUUCGCCAGCUACAGCCGUGCCACCGAGCUCUUCUACAGCCUCAACGAGGGGCUGCCAGCCGGGGUGCUCAUCGGCAGCCUGGCCCGUGAUCUGCGGCUGCCCACGGCUGACGGGCAGCACCCCUUGGCCCUGCAGCCUCCGCUGUCCUUCACGCUGGCCUCCCGGGGCCUGGGGGACCAGUACGUGCGGCUGGACAACCGCUCUGGCGAGCUGCACACCUCAGCCUUGGAGAUUGACCGGGAAGCUCUGUGUGUGGAGAGCAGUGAGGCCACCAUCAUCGGGGGAGCAGCCGCUGCCUCUUCCUCCUCGUCACCCUCGCCUGAGUCAUGCCUGCUGCUGCUGGACGUGCUGGUACUGCCACAGGAGUACUUCCGCCUGGUGAAGGUGAAGAUCGCGAUCCGGGAUGUCAAUGACAACGCGCCACGCUUCCCUGUGCCCCACAUCCACCUCUCCGUGCCCGAGAAUGCACCAGUGAACACCCGCCUGGCCAUUGAGCAUCCUGCCUUCGACCCCGACAUGGGCACCAAUGGGGUCCAGACCUACCGCCUGCGGGAUAACUAUGGUGUCUUCACCCUAGAUGUGGAGGAGAAUGAGAGUGGGGAGAGGACCCCCUACUUGAUUGUCAUGGGGGCUCUGGACAGGGAGGUCAGGGAGGAGUACGUCACGGUUAUUGUUGCUGAGGAUGGGGGGACUCCUCCACUUGUGGGCAGUGCCACGCUCACCAUUGGCAUCAGCGACAUCAAUGACAACUGCCCCCAGUUCAACGACUCUCAGCUCAAUGUUACUGUUUAUGGGAAUUCCACCCUCGGGACACAUGUGGCCACUGUGCACGCAACAGACAUGGACCUUGGAUCCAAUGCCCAGAUCACCUAUUCCUACAGCCAGAAGGUCUCCCAGGCAUCCAGAGACUUGUUCCGUCUGGAUGAAAGCACAGGAGUUAUCACACUCUCCAGUAAGGUUGAUGGGGACUCACCAAGGCUCCACAGGCUGAUCAUCCUGGGCAACGGCCCUGGUUGCAUCCCUGCGGUGAUCACAGUGCUAGUGACCAUCAUCAAAGUCAUGAUGCGGCCACCUGAAGUUGUCCCCCGUUUCAUAGCUAAUGAAGUGGAGGGAGUGGUGUACUUAAAGGAACUGGAGCCUAUCAACACACCAAUAGCAUUUUUUACCAUCAAAGACCCUGAUGAAAAAUAUAAAGUGAAUUGCUAUUUGGAUGGUGAUGGGCCUUUCAGACUGUCACCGUACAAGCCAUACAACAAUGAGUACUUACUGGAGACCACAAAGCCUUUGGACUAUGAGACUCAGCAGCUCUAUGAAAUCUCAGUAGUUGCGUGGAACUCGGAAGGGUUUCAUGUCAACAAAAUAAUCAAAGUACAGGUUCUGGACGACAAUGACAACUCACCAGUUUUCUCUCAACAGCUGAUAGAAUUAUCCAUUGAGGAGAACAAUGUUCCCAAUGCUUUCUUGACCAAAUUGCAUGCUACAGAUGCUGACAGUGGAGAAAGAGGAGAAGUGUCCUAUUUUUUAGGGCCUGAUGCCCCUUCCUAUUUUUCUUUAGAUAAAACCACAGGAGUUCUUACAGUUUCUACACAAUUGGACAGAGAAGAAAAAGAGAAAUACAGAUAUACUGUCAAAGCAAUUGAUUCUGGAUAUCCUCCAAGAGAAUCAAUAGCAACUGUUGCCAUUACUGUAUUGGAUAAAAAUGACAAUAGUCCAAGAUUUAUCAACAAGGAUUUCAGCUUUUUUGUACCUGAAAACUUCCCGGGAUUUGGUGAAAUUGGAGUUAUCAGUGUCACAGAUGCUGACGCAGGGCAGAAUGGAUGGGUUGCCCUUUCAGUUGUGAAUGGAAGUGAUAUUUUUGUCAUAGAUACUGGCAAAGGGGUUUUGAGAGCAAAAGUUUCCCUCGACAGGGAGCAGCAAAGCUCCUAUGUUCUGUGGAUUGAGGCAGUUGAUGGUGGUGAUCCUGCCCUGUCCUCUACUGCAAAAAUAACAAUCCUUCUUCUGGACAUAAAUGACAACCCCCCUCUGGUCUUGUUUCCUCAAUCUAAUAUGUCGUAUUUGUUGGUACUUCCUUCUACUCUUCCUGGUUCUCCCAUCACUGAGGUCUAUGCUGUUGACAAGGACACUGGCAUGAAUGCAGUGAUAGCCUACAGCAUCAUAGGGAGAAGAGGCCCUCGCCCAGAGUCAUUUCGAAUUGACCCCAAAACUGGCAAUAUCACCUUGGAAGAGUCACUGAUGCGAAACGACUAUGGCCUCUAUCGGUUGCUUGUCAAAGUUAGUGAUCACGGUUACCCAGAACCCCUCCAUUCCACCGUCAUGGUGAACCUCUUUGUCAACGACACUGUUAGCAAUGAGAGCUACAUCGAAAGUUUGUUAAGAAAGGAGCCAGAUAUCAAUAUAGAAGAAAAACAACCGCAAAUAUCCAUAGAGCCCGCGCAUAAAAAAGUGGAGUCAGCAUCCUGCAUGCCUACCUUAGUAGCUCUGUCAAUCAUAAGCUUGGGUUCAAUCACCUUAGUAACUGGGAUGGGCAUUUACAUCUGCCUCAGGAAGGGGAAAAAGCGUCACAGAACAGACGAAAACUUGGAAGUACAAAUCCCAUUAAAUGGAAGAAUUAGCUUGCACAUGCUGGAAAAGAAACCAAUGGAGAUUUCUAAUAUUUGAUGUUUCCUUGUGGAUAACCCAAGCUGAUGU